AUGAGAGGUCGGGGUCGAUCGGUUGGAUCGAAACUUGUCCCACCUUCCCCCGCCCGCUCCUUCCGCUGCCCGCGCCUUCCCCCGCCCGCUCCUUCCCCUGCCAGCGUCUUCCCCUGCCCGCGCCUUGCCCUGCCGUCAUCUCCCGUCUCGCGUGACGCGUCCUUGCCCUCGUCGCCCCUUUCCCCCAUUCCCCCUUGCGCCCGUCUCCCCUUUCCCCCCUUUCCCCUUACGCCCGUCUCCCCUUUCCCCCCUUUCCCCUUGCGCCCGUCUCCCCUUUCCCCCAUUUCCCCUUGCGCCCGUCUCCCCUUUCCCCCAUUUCCCCUUGCGCCCGUCUCCCCGCGCCCACACCACAUGCAGGCAUGCAGUCUGCAUACGGCCCGAACUGCUCCUCUCGGCUGUCCCCCUCAUCGUUCUCCCAAAGAUCGCAUGGCAGUGACCUACGGGCUGGACUCCCCCUCUCAGUUGCCGCCCAAAACCACCUCCCUCCCACGGGGACCUCCCUUAUAUCCCUACGGCCUCGACUCCCCUGCUCUCCUGCCGCCCAAAUCCAUCUCCCUCGCGCGCAACCUUCCGCCGCCCGCCCACCUCGAGGACUGCACCGCCCGCACGUCAGCCAGACAGGGCGCCGAGAGGGCCGGGGCGGCGUGGGCGGCGCCGGGCGGCAACGGCUCCAGCCUAGCCAUGACGCGCACAGUGCAGCGGGACAUGUGCCUCUCGCACUUUUCAGUCGGCCAGGCGCCUGCUCUGCUCAUAGCAUUGCUGUUGGUCCCCUCCGCUCGCCCCUUCCAGGUGUUCGGCCCUGACGCCAGGCGCCUGCUCAUUCUGAUGUUGUGUUGUUGCUCCCCCUCCAUUCUUCCCCUCCCCCUUCUCCAGGUAUACGGCCCUGACGACAGCAGCCUGGCCCUCACGCGCACGGUGCAGCGGGACAUCUGGCUCUCGCAGUUCCCUCCCGGCUCCUGUGAUGGAAAGCGCCUGCUCAUUGUGCCCUGGGUGCUGCCUGGCACUGCAGGGCAGGGAGGAGGGGCGGUGGAAGGACUGGAGGCGGGGGAGAGUGGUUCGGAAGGGUUGGGAGGUUUGGAGGGGCUGGGUCUGCAGGUGCAUGUGAUGGGUGCGCUGCUGGGGUUGGCGGUGGAGACAGGGCGAGUGCUCGUCCCCCUCUCGGGUUCCUUCAGUUAUGCCAACAACUCCGCAUGCAAAGCCAUGGGCCAGCAGGGCCAGUGGGGGUGCUACUUCUCCCCCAUCGCCUCCUCCGACUGCUCCAAGCGCGCACAGAAAGAGAUGCAGAGCGGUUCACUGCGGUCGCGGUGCAGCGGCAAGCACAUUCGCAACGUGGCACUCUCAGCGGAGCCCAUAGUCUGUCUGCACCCCGACUUUGAUCACAACGAGCUCAAGCUGCACGCUGCUGUCGUCACCAAAUGGGGAGCGCCCCACCUGCAGCGUCCAGAUACACUGUAUCGCCCAACAUGCCACCCCCCCACUCCUGACAACCCCUCCCUCUCCGUGCCUCAGGCCACGCGGUUCCUCAUGCGCUGGCCCUCCCUGCAUCUCUGCCACGUCACCAACCUCAUCCGCCACGUCAGCAUCAGCCACCACGUGGCUGCCAGGCUGGCAUUCUUCGAGGACACGCAGGCGGAGAUCAUAAGAGACGUGGCUGCUGACACGGCAGGGGAAAGCGCCAGGUCAGAUGUGAGGAAGAGCAAACAAGCGAAGGAGCUACAAGGCAUGGAGUUGGGUAAGGGAGUGGAGAUAGAGAGUGUAAACAAAGCUUCUUGGGCUACUAUAGGGGGAAGGUGCAGUGUGUGUGAGGAGGAAGGGUGGAAAGGGGAGGUGAUGAUGGCAGGGGGUGGGGUUGGAGAGAGCUGGGAUAUGCAAGCAGGGGUGAGUAGUGCUAAUGUGCAGAAGGCAGGGUUGGAGAAGAAAGAGAAGCAUGUGCUUUACUUUGUGCAGAAGCAGAACAAUCUGGUCGUUGGGGUGGGUAGAGAGCCGUAUGUCAUGCGGCCGCUAGCGAGUCUGAUUAUAGGGGGUACGUCUGGGGACGGGAAGGGAGCAGCAGGGGGGAACGGUGGAGGGGAGGCGGAGGUGGAAGGGAGGAGAUUAGAGGAGGAAGAGGAUGAAUUGUUGGAGGGGGAGGUUGGUGCAGAGGGGAAUGGCGGAGAAGAGGGGAAAGGUGCGGCAGAGGGUAAAGUUGGAGGAGCAGAGGUGAAGGCUGGAGCAAGAAUUGUUUCAGGAGGAGCAGGAGGAGGAGGAGGAGGGGGAGGAGGCAACGAGAGUGGCAUGCUGAGUGCGCUCAUGCAUGAGGUACAUCAGCUGCGACUGGUGGAACCCCAUCUGGCCCACGUGUGGCUGCACACGCCAUCCCAGGCACUGAUUACCGAAGCAACCAACUACCGUGAUUGGACGUUCCUCCAUUCCACCAAUCAGACAAGCCCUGCGCCCACCGCACUCCAAGACUCAGGAGCAGCAGCAGAGCCGGCAGCAGAGGCGAGGGCUCUGGCAAGUCUACUGGUGGCGUCUCAGGGGGAUUUCUUUGUGGGCGGGCUCAGGUCACACUGGGCAAGGCUGGUUAACGAGUUGCGGUCCACUAAUGGCCGCCUCUUUAAUGUUUUUGUCGCCAUGGAUGACGAUGAAUUGUGA